AUGUCGGAAAAAGCUCAAAAUAAACCUGUAAGAAACGCGCUGGAAGAUGAAGAUGAAUUCGAAGACUUCCCUGUAGAUUCCUGGCCAGCAGAGGAAUCCCUGCAGACUUUUAAAGAAGGUGACGGAAAUUUAUGGGAGGAAGACUGGGACGACGUCGAAGUCGAGGACGGGUUUGUCAAGGAAUUAAAGAAGGAGUUAGAAAAGAAUAAGAAAUAG